AUGGGUUCGGGAAGUAGUGUACCGGUUCAGUCGCGUAAUAUAACCGGUGGUGGUGGCGGUGGCGGUGGUGAUGGUGGAGGUGAUGUCGUAGUUGAAAAUGGUGAACAGCAAAAAGUGGAUCCACGGUUACCAUAUCCAAAUUUUCGAGAAUUAUUCACAUUGAAGAAUUAUUGGAAAACCGUAAGACGAAAUGAACGUGAUUGCGCCAAAAUGAUAUUUGCUAAAUAUUUGAAACAGAAUCCGGAUAAUAAGGAAAAAUAUCCGAAAUUGAAAAAUAUUGAUGUGGAAACGGUGAGUGCCACAACGGUGGAUUCAGGCUUCGAGACGGUUGCAGCCAAUUAUUUGAAGGUAUUUGAUGAUGUAAUAACGACAGUUGAAGAAAAACCAGCGGACGUCUCGGAUGCUUGCUCACGGCUUACAGCGGUCGGUAAAAUGCAUAGGACUAAGGUAAAUGGAAUGGAUGGUAGUGAAUUUCAAUUAAUGGAAGAACCAUUUUUAUAUAUGAUCAGCGAAGUAUUACAGGAUCGUUAUAAUGAUAAAGCAGAAAAUUUAUUUAGGAAACUCUAUCAGUUUUGCCUCAAAUAUAUUCUCGAAGGCUUUAAUUCAUAG